GCUCAGGUAUGAAGGAAUGAAAUGUUCAUCAAAGAUUCUUUCGUUGAUCUACUGAAUGAGCUUUCAGGUGCUCAGGAGAGUAUCGAGAAAGUUUCUGUGUGGAUACAACAAUACCGAGAUCAAGCACCUGUCAUAGCCCAGGCAUGGAAAAACUUCUAUCUUGAAGCGACUCAGGAGAAAAAGUUGACUCUUUUGUUCCUCGUGAACGAUGUACUGCAACACAGCAAACGGAAAGGACCUCAGUUCGUCGAUGCAUUUGGUCAUAUUCUUCCCAAGUGUAUGUCUGAAUGCAAGAAUGCUGAGUCCAAGUCUCAGAUUGAACGCAUGCUCGACAUUUGGGAAUCCAGAGAAGUCUUCCACAAGCACAUUAUCAGCGCUAUGAAGUACAAUUUAGAUGAGAUUGGGAUGGACGAGACUUAUGUUAAGUUGACAGACCUAAUGGAUUCGCUCGACCUGCUGCGUUCUCACGAGAAGAAAUCUUCUGAGGUGCUCACCAAACUGAGUCACCGUCUGGAUACCACAGAUUUUGCUAAUGCCUUCAAUGUGACAAGCAGGAAAGAAGGAGAUAAAUAUGCAGCUGAUUUCGACGAAACAGCUCACUUCCUCGAUCAGUACUGUUCUUGUCUCCUGAAGCAGACUGAAGCUCGCAGUGAGAUGAUAAAGAAGGUAAACAGUACCAUGUUUCAGAUGGAAAAGGCUGAGGAAACCAUCAAAACUCAAGACAAGGAGUACAAGGACCAGCAAGGAACCUUAGUCCGAACUAGAAAAGCAAUCACUUCCCGCCUCAUGCUCAUAGACGAGGGAAAAGUGAACUUUGGAGACGAAAGUCCCGAUCGAGAAGAGAUCGAGAAUCUUACCAGCGAAGAGGAGGAUGUGGAUAUUGAGGGGAUGGAAAUCGUCGAAUCGUCAAGAAGGAACGAUAGAGACGAUAGAGACAGGUCUGAUGAUCCUUUGGCUGAUGACUUCAACGGAAGUUUUGCUGAUGAUGGAAUACGGCCAGAAGAUGCCAUAGACGAGCAAUUACCAUACGCCAAACCUCGAGAGCAAAAGAAACCAAAGAAGACAACAAAGAAACUGCCAUCAUAUGAUCCACGCCAGAUUUUAUCUUAUGGUUUUCGAUUGGAUGCACCGCCAGAUGGUGAGCAAGCUGUUGGCUUCAUGUUACUUCCUGAUGGAACUUUGGCUGCAAUACCUAUCGCUCCCCACAUGUUCCUUGCUAAACCGAAACCAGUCUCUCCAAAGGCAGAGGAGGUUGAGGAAGAGGUAGAGGGUCCAAAAACUCCUGAAGGAACACCUGCAGUUCAAACUCUUGAAGAAGCUGAUGGCAAUGAAAAGACUGGUCCAAAAACUCCAGAUUUGGAAGAUUCUGAGCUAGAAGAAGGUGAAGUUAGUGAAUCAGAAAACGAGGAAGAAGAUUUAAAGGUCAAUCCUGGUGCUGCGAAAUAUGAUCCUACUUCUGAGUAUAAUCCUGAGCUGUCUGGGAAAUAUAAUGAUGAAGUUGAUGGUGUUCCAUUUGACAUCGGUGAGGAUGGAUACAUUACUGAUGAAUACAAGGAUUCUGCUUCCUCUGCUGGCAGUGCUCCCUCUAUGCCAUCUCCGGAGGUUUCUGAUGAAGAGGACCCCCAGGCAAUAGCCUUGAAAAAUGUUGAAUCGUGGAAGGACGAUUAUAAUGAAAUUGAUGGUGAGGCACUUGAGGAAACCAAACCACCUGAACCGUCUUCAUCAGAGGAAGGGGAAUUGUCUGAUGGAGAAAAUGCCCCUCCUGCAAAAUCAGGUAUGACUGGUCUUGCAUCAUUCCUUGAUAGAUUAUCAGAUGGUGAAGAAAAGAGUGCUGUUCAAGAGGAAAGAUCUGAAUAUGAGCAAUUCUAUCCUCCAGGAUAUCUCGAAAAUUCUAAAAUCGAAAACAAGUCUAGUAAUAAAUCCCCUCCAGUUAAACCAUCUAAACCUGCAUAUCUGAUGGGAGCAAUGUAAGCCCUGACAGGUCUUUAGAUUCAUCUCGCAAAAUAUUUCAUCAGGAGGAUAGCCAACCUCCACAAGGCUAUCAAGACAUGAUGGGUAUGGACAAAACAUCUCCUGAGCCUAGGAUAAGACACAACUCAUUUGGUUACAACAGUAUACCUCCAAUGAGGCCUAAUGCUCCUCCCUACAAUGGUGGUGGGCCAAGAUUGAGGUAUGAACAGAGAAAUCCUGGUCCUGGAAAUGAAAGAGGAUUUCCUGGUGAUUAUGUGAGACAGAGACCACACCAUGAAGUAUAUUCCCCAUCUCCUCCCCAUUAUCAACAUUCUCCUCCAUCCCUUUGUAACAGAUCACCACCCCCACCUAGGUCACCUCCAAGAAAUAGGUCACCUCCCCGCAAUAGGUCACCACUGCGGAGUAGGUCGCCUCCUCGCAACAUGCACAUGAUGUCACCGCCUCCCAUGCUGCAUCAGCAACAUCAGAUAAGACCCCAGCCUUCAGGUUCUCGUGACUACCAAAGACAUCCUCGACCUUACCCACCAGCACCUGUACAGAGACAUGCUUAUCCUCCUCCAAGGCAUCCUCGACCACUGAGUUACUAUUCUGCUAGACCUCUUUACAUUAAUCCUAAUUCCGAUGACAGAAGGGAAGAGGAUUUUCCUCCGAUGAAUCAUUUUUUAGGGGUAAGCCCCCGCGCCAUGCGACUCGAGGGAGUUGGCAGCGGGGGUACCAUUAAAGCAGCUGUUCAAAUGUUCCAAGUUGUUCAUUUUACAGUUAAAUGUGCAGUGACUCUGUGUGUUUUUGCUACUAUCAUAGAAAAGUUGAAAGUCAGAUUAAAACUGAUAGGGUUACUCCCUAAAAAGUCCAAAGAUGUAUCAAGCAUAUUUGGGCCGAACUUUGCCUCUCAAGAACAGAUUUUGGUGUAUGUUAUGACUGGUCACUCUUAUGGUCCACCACUACCACAAAGACCUGCUGUACCUGAACAGACUGCUUACUCUGAGAGCUCACAAAGUCAUGGGAGCUAUUCAGGGCAUCAGCAGAGACAUGCAGAUCAUCAGGAACAAACAUAUUACGCAGAAGAUCCACGAUAUGAAUCGAGACGAGAAAGGCACCAUGGUGAUGAAUAUGUUCAUGGUACUAAUCCAAGUUCUGAUAGACAUCCUGACAGACAAAAGUCAUCAAAAAACAGAAGGACCAUAAGCCCUAAUCAAAAUAUUCGUUCAAUUAACCAUUCAGGGCACUAUCCAGGUCAAUCCUUUGGAUCUGAUAAUCCAUCUAUAGAUGGAAAGCUAGUUAUGCAACAAGAAACUGCUCAAAACAGUGAAAUUCAACAGUAUCAUACAGAUGGCAUUCAAAGGUACAAUACUCCUAAAAAGUUUGGUCCUCCUUUACCCUCUGCCCCAUCCAACAAUCCACAAGUCUAUUAUAAGGAUGAUUCUGAUGAAGAGUAUUUCAAACCACGAGUGCAGCAAUACUCCUCCAGACCAGAUGUUCCUAGUAGAAGACCAGAUCCUGUAUACCCCCGACCAGAUCCUGUGAACACCCGACCAGAUCCUGUGUACGCCCGACCAGGUCCGCCUGAACUAAAGCAAGAACCGGUAAAACCACCGUUUGAGGACCAGGAUAGGCAUAGUGUUAAAAAAAGCAGGGAAAGAAAAAGACCUCAACCAGUAGACAUUAGCAGCAGUGAUGAUGCUAUGUCUGAAAGUUCUGAGGAUGCAUCAGAAGCUGUUCAAGAUAUUAAUCAUGUUCCCUUUGCUGAUUUGCCAGUGCCAAAAGUAAAUUAUUCAAAAGAAAAAGCCAGUAAGCCCUUCAGUGAUAUACCAGCACCAAGAAUUUCUGCCCUGCCUCAUACGGGCAUGGACUCCUUAAAUUUCAAGCCAUUUGAUGAGUUAUUGUUGAAUGAGAAACAGAAAUUCAAGCCAAUUGAAGAAACCGGUGAGGAACCAAAGUUUUCAAGCUUUCCAAAGUCAAUCUAUGUUAUGCUUAAAAAUGAAGAAUUGGCAACAUCCAUUGACAAAAUUCUAGGAGCAUACGAUAUGGAAACUAUCCUAAACAAGCAAGAUAGUGAAGAUGAGGGAGCUGAUAUUGGACCAUCAAUUUUACAGUCUAUUUUUGGUGGAGAAAGCAGAAUGGCCCCAAAUUAUGACAUCAUGGACAAAGAAGAACAAAUGGAAGAAAGACGAUUAGAAAUGCAAAGAAGGGAACCUGCAGAAGCUCAGGCACUCAAAGAAAAAGCACUAGCAGAUAAGACUCCUGAGAAAGAACCAAAAAAGAUGAAAGACAGACGGAAAAGAGGAAAGAAAUCUAAUGUUGAAAAACCAAGUUCUUUGAAGUCUCAAUCCUCUUCGAUGGCUGUCAAAGCUUCACCUUUGCAUUCAUCCAUAUCCCCUUCAGUACCACAAACGGUGUUAUCCUCUGCUGUGACUAGGCCAAGUAAUGUACCAACAGUUGCUCCAACAACCACUGUGGUGACUAGCAGUUCAAAGCCAAAGAUACUAGAUGCAGAUAUGGAGGCUAAACGUGCCGAGGUGUUAGCUAAAAUAGCUAUGUUCAAGCAGCAAAAUGAACAGGAGAAACAAGAACUUCAGAAGUGGAAAAAGGAGAAAAAAGGGGAUGUUGUUAUCAAAGAUGUUGAUCCCAAAACCUUGACGAACUCUGGGAGAAAACGAUAUACUUUCAACAUCGAGGAAGCAAAAGCACAGCAAGAGGCAAAAGCACAGCAAGCUGCUAAAGCUAAAACUUCAACUACACCUGCUCCUUCCGCAGCUACAACAUCAUCAGCUACGUCUACUAUUACAUCUGUGUCCCCUUCUGUGAGUAGUGAUACCACAUUAAGCACACUGCCUAGAUUUUAUCAAGCUGCAGUUCAAGGCAUACCUCCGACUCUGGAGACCAUGUCAAGUGUUGGAUCUUUACCUCCCUUACCAGUCAUGCCUACUCCUCCUGGUAUGAAUCCAGGUUUUAAUCCAGGUUUUAAUCCAAAUAUGCCAAUGAACAUGGGUAUGCCAAAUAUGCCUAUGAACAUGGGGAUGCCAAAUAUGCCAAUGAACAUGGGAAUGCCAAAUAUGCAUAUGAACAUGGGGAUGAAUAUGGGGAACCAAAAUUGGUAUGGGCCUCCUAUGGGCAAUUUUAACCAAUUCCCAAAUUCAAUGCAGAAUAACUAUAAUGGUUUCAAUGCUCCCCAAGUUAGACCUUCCCCCCCUAUAAUUUCUGCUCCUCCAACUAUCAGACAGGUUGGUCCCAGACCAACUCCACCCGGACUAGAAGGGCCACAACCAUCAGGGGUCAAUCCAACUUGGUCUGCAUCAGCUGGUCCAAGAGCCGGGUCCUUCUCUUCAAAUGCCUUGCCUACAUCUAGCACACCCCGAUCUUCUAUACCAACCAUAACCAUGUCUACCAAAUCAAUUCCAACAGUUCACAGUUUACAGCUUGCCUCCUCCCAUGUUUCAGGAGUGCCUCAGACUAUUACUGUAGGUUCACACAGCUCUUCUAAAUCUGCACAAACUAAAAAACAAGUGGCUAUAGAUGAAGAGAAGAUGAAGAAGGCACUAGAGGUGAAGCAAAAGUUAGAGCAAGGAAUGAAGAAAUUUCAUGAAAUGAAGGAAAAAGGAAUGGUGGUCAAGAGGAAUAGGUUUGAUGUUACUCCAGAUGAAUUGAAGCUUCAAGGGACAAUGAGCAAGACCGAAACUAUGUCUACUCCAUCUACCCAAUCUAGCCAGCAGCCUGCAAAGUCUAUAUCUGAUGAAGCGGCACCUGGUGUUGAUUUGGAUGAUAUUGACAAUCUUGUUGAUCUGAAAACUGAUAUGGAGUUAGAUCUUGAUUUUUAAAUGAUGGCCUCUUUGAUCUGAGCUGAUAAUUUUCUUGUUUGAAAAUUCGUUGUGCAAGGGGUUCCUCAACUUUCUAGCUAAAAUUAUUUUCUUUCACCGUUUUUAUCUAUCUUUAUUUAUUUUCUUCAAAUUAUACUAAUUGAUAUUGAUUGUUAUA